AUGGUCGAAGUCGGACAAUCCUUGCGGUACCACCCCAACUCGGGUGGACACCAUGUAUUCAAUCUGAACCUAGCUCUGAUUAUUGUUUCGACAUUGUUGGUCUCUCUCCGUCUGCUCACACGGAAGAUGAUAGUAAGAGCUCUGGGCUGGGAUGAUUUCCUUGCAAUAGUAGCUUGGGCCUUGUGUGUCACACUCUCGGCCCUUGAAAUGGACACGACCAACUAUGGCACCGGGGCACAGAUUCAAGAUGUUCCCCGGCCGACGCUGCUUCAGUUCUUCAAGAGGCUUUCCAUCAUGGAGUUGGUCUACUUCCUCGCUUCCGGAGCAGUACGCCUGUCCAUAUUAGCGUUUCUUCCACGCCUAAGCAAGCACAAGAUGUAUACCUGGAGCAUAUAUGCUCUAAAUGCUAUUGUGAUCAUAGUCAGUCUGUCGGGAUUCUUUUUCGUCUUGACGGAAUGCUCGCAGAUACCUGAUGUUUUCAAUUAUUCCAGCACAUGGCGCCAAUGUAGAGACAAACGUGAAGAGCGAUCAAUGAUGCUGGGCCAUGCCAUUAUCUGCAUCUUUGUUGAUUGUAUGUUGGUCGUUCUUCCGCUUUGUGUCGUGACGAAUUACGUCAAAAUGGGCGUCAAGGCCAUACAAAUUUUGCUCGUUUUUUCUCUGGGAAUCUUUGCCGUCGUCACUGGAAUCGUUCGAUUUUCCAUCAUCGUCACGACAGACUUUGGCGUCAACACGACGUACAAGAUGCUUACCGUAGCUGCGUGGACCGACGCUGAGCUCCAUGUUGGUUUUUGGGUCGGUUGCUUCCCGGCGCUGCAGCCUCUACUCCGGCAUGUGACUUUGAUGCUCGGAAUGCGCAGCCAGUUGGACAGCACGGGUGCCGCAAGCAAGCGAAACACGAUGACGUCCACGGCGGCUUCCAAUAGAAAAAGCGUUUUGUACAGGUGGUCGCGGAGUAGUGGAUACGUGCGCAGUGAGAGCGCAGGAAGUCGGCCGUUGGAAAGCGGCGCUGGGCAAGUCGAGACUGUAGGUGACCAGCCUCGCGAUGUCGAGAUGGUGGAUCUUGAGAAGGGGGAAGGCGCUGGUCAAGUUGGCAAGCAGCCAGAUACAUUGACACCAGGUAAAGUGGGCGAGAGUACACAAGCAGCAUAA